GGAAGGGGAAGUUUGUCUUGUGAGCGCUGCCUUGCUAGUCCGAAUUCGGUGGCGCCACGUCCGCCGGUCUCCGCCUCCUGCAUCGCGGCUGCGGCGGCUUCCGCCUGUAUUUCCCCUGGCCCGGUGCGGGGUGGGCACGGCGGACGCGCGGUGCUGCGCCAGCCACUGACGGGCGACGAUGUCGGACAUCGGGGACUGGUUCAGGAGCAUCCCGGCCAUCACGCGCUACUGGUUCGCCGCUACUGUCGCGGUCCCCUUGAUCGGCAAGCUCGGUCUCAUCAGCCCGGCCUACUUCUUCCUCUGGCCUGAAGCUUUUCUCUACCGCUUCCAGGUAUGGAGGCCACUCACUGCCACCUUUUAUUUCCCCGUGGGUCCAGGAACUGGAUUUCUUUAUUUGGUCAAUUUAUAUUUCUUAUAUCAGUAUUCUACACGACUUGAAGCAGGAGCUUUUGAUGGGAGGCCAGCAGACUAUUUAUUCAUGCUUCUCUUCAACUGGAUUUGCAUCGUGAUUACUGGCUUAGCAAUGGAUAUGCAGCUGCUGAUGAUUCCUCUGAUCAUGUCAGUACUUUAUGUCUGGGCCCAGCUGAACAGAGACCUGAUUGUAUCAUUUUGGUUUGGAACACGAUUUAAGGCCUGUUAUUUACCUUGGGUUAUACUUGGAUUCAACUAUAUCAUUGGAGGCUCGGUGAUCAAUGAGCUAAUUGGAAAUCUUGUUGGACAUCUUUAUUUUUUCCUAAUGUUCAGAUACCCCAUGGACUUGGGUGGAAGGAAUUUUCUAUCCACACCUCAGUUUUUUGACAGAGUUUUGCUAUGCAGCUCCUGCUGGCAGGAUUUGUCAUCCUCUGCCUCAGCCUCCCAAGUCCUGGGAUUGCAGGUAUCGCUGGCUACCCAGCAGGAGAGGCGGGGUGUCAGGGUUCGGUGUGCCCCCUGCUAGCAUGAGACGAGCUGCUGAUCAGAACGGUGGAGGCGGGAGACACAACUGGGGUCAGGGCUUCCGACUUGGAGACCAGUGAGGAGUGACCAGGCCUGCCCACCAGCCAUUCUGCUCAGACGACGUGUCCUCCCAGUGCUGGGUGUGCUGAUGGCCAAGUUCUUGCUGUCGCUCUUGGACCUGACCCACACUGAAUGUAGUCUUUCAGUACAAAGACAGCAUAUUUUAAACCUUGAAGGAAAAUACAAGUGUUCCUCCUCAAGUUUCAUGAUUCCCAUUCAAGUCCUUUCCACUAUGAAGAACAAAUUAUCAGCCAUGCAGAUUUCAAAAUUGACUCCUUUUCUGAUGUCUUCUUCUCCUCCCUUUCCAUCUAAAUAAUGAGCUGAGCAAGUGGGUUGGCUAACCAAAUCCUGUCAAGAGGAUUCUUUCCUUUCUCACACAUAUGCCCCACCCACUCUUCUUCCAGCCCGCAAAGUUGCAACUUGAAGGGUUGUGCACAGAAUGGUUUUGCCUUUAAGAAACUCUUAUUUAUUGACUUUUGCCAAAGCUUGGUCAUAAAGAACUUGUUCACACAGUUGUUUCCCCUUUAUUGGCAGAACUGUAGCAAUGGGGGAGAAGACUGAAGCAGUGGAUGAAGAGUGUUGGGGAUGUGUCAGCCUGGCAGCAGCUACAGCCAUUCACCGCCUCUUCAGAUAUUUUUAUAUGAAAAGCACUACUGAAGUCAGUGGGCGCCUAGACUGGUGUUAAUGAGGUUUAGUAGUUGUUGCUAGGAGGUUUUUUUCCUAAGCCAAGUGAUGAAAACCGUAGUGGAGUUGCUUCUAACACAGGAUGGGGUUAAGUGUGAGCCUUCUGUGCUUCCUCUGGGGUGUGCUGACUCUGUGUACUCAGCGCAGUUGUGCUGUGUUGUGCUGUGUAAGGAGGACCCAAAUCACAUUGGCCAAGACAAGCCUUGAGGCCUGAACUCUGUUUCAUUCUCUUUCUGGAUAUGUGUCCUUGAAUUGGUGGAGGGGAGAGUUUUUUAUUUCUUUUUUGGUCCCUUACCUUUUCUGGUCAAGUGUUUCAGUUAAUUGUGGGGAAGUCCAGCUCUUUUGAUAUAUGUAAUCAGUUUUUAAGGCUAAUAUAAGCACAUCUGAGUGAGUCACACAUAAUUUGGGGUUCUGAUUACUUUAAAGUCAUUUGUGUCUGAAGGUCUUUAUUAUUUUGGGUGAUGCAUGUAUAUACUUUGUGAAUCAUACGAACUUUAAUGCCCACAACUUCUUUUCGUAGGUGGGCUUUUGCCAGCAGAGCUUGGCUUGUCACUAAAUAAAGUUUUCUGAAGGCUA